UAUCUUGAUUUGCUGCUCCGGUAUAUUAUAUUGAUUAGAACUAUAUAUGGUGGCAGUGCUUUAAGUUUCUAAAGCUUUAGUGACAAAACAGUAAAUAGUAUAAAUAUUGUAGCAGCAAUCAAGUGUAUGCUAACUGCUUUUAUAUAAAAUGUGUGAAAUUUCAUAAAAUGGGAGCAAAUGCUUCUCAGUUGGAAAAAGAAAUUGGACAUGAUGCUUUCCCAUCUAAUGAGCAUUAUUUUGGAUUGGUGAAUUUUGGAAAUACUUGCUACUGUAAUUCAGUUUUACAAGCCUUAUACUUUUGCAAGCCAUUCAGGGAAAAAGUGCUGGAUUAUAAGGCUAAAAAUAAAAGGACAAAGGAAACCUUGCUUACUUGUCUAGCUGAUUUAUUCUACAAUAUUGCUACACAGAAAAAGAAAACAGGAACUAUUGCUCCAAAAAAAUUCAUUGCACGCUUAAGAAAAGAAAAUGAGGUGUUUGACAAUUACAUGCAACAAGAUGCGCAUGAAUUCUUGAACUAUCUUUUGAACACUAUUGCAGAUAUAUUACAAGAAAAGCAGCAAGGAAAUGCUAAAGUAAGAACAACAAAUCAAAAUGGUGAACAACAGCAAACAUCUAAACCUGAACCUACUUGGGUUCAUGAUAUAUUUCAGGGAACUCUCACAAAUGAAACUAGAUGUUUAAAUUGUGAAACAGUUAGUAGUAAAGAUGAAGACUUUCUGGAUCUCUCUGUGGAUGUCAAUCAAAAUACUUCCAUUACUCAUUGCUUAAGGGGAUUUAGCAAUACAGAAACAUUAUGUAGUGAGCAUAAAUAUUAUUGUGAAAAUUGUUGUAGCAAGCAAGAGGCCCAGAAAAGAAUGCGGGUCAAGAAGUUGCCUAUGAUUUUGGCUCUACAUUUGAAGCGAUUCAAAUACAUGGAGCAACAGAACAGACAUACAAAACUGUCGUAUCGUGUUGUAUUCCCACUGGAAUUAAGACUGUUUAAUACUUCUGAUGAUGCAUAUAAUCCAGAUCGUCUGUAUGACCUAGUAGCUGUUGUUAUUCAUUGUGGAAGUGGGCCCAAUAGGGGGCAUUAUAUUUCAAUUGUGAAAAGCCAUGGUUUAUGGCUUCUUUUUGAUGACGAUAUCGUAGAUAAAAUUGAUGCAUCUGCAAUUGAAGAUUUUUAUGGGCUUACAUCUGACACACAGAAAACAUCUGAAUCUGGAUAUAUUCUGUUUUACCAGUCCAAGGAGUGAUGAAGAUUCUAUUAAAAAAUUGUGGCAGCAUCUGCAGUUAAUUGUAUGUUUAUAUGUAUAUUAUGUUGAGUGAAGCAUGGAACUACUUGUGGUUCACUCUUGUGAUUAUAUUCAACUAGUAGUUUAUUUGCAAUGAAAUGCAUUGUAUCCAGGGACUUUCUGUUAUGGAUUGUAUCAGUUACAUAUAAACUUUUGUUGUAUGAAUUCCUUCUCAGUUAUUGUUAAUCGUUUUUGAGAUUAAUUUUCAAAUAAUCAGCAUCAUUCUUCAUUAAAUAUUUAUUAGAAGAAAUCAUUUGUUUUUAAUAUGGAAGAUAAUAGUUCUUACAAAUAAUCUCCUCCCCUAAAAUAUAUUUAAUGAAAGUUUUUAUGCAUGGAAUCUUUUAUUAUGAAUCCUGGGUUGAUAUGUCUUUAAGAGUGUUUAUUAUAUGGUUGAAGUAAUGAUUACAUAACUUAGAUGUUAAAUAUAUUUUACAAUGGAUUUUGUGUGUUUUUGUUUUAACCGGUGUAAAUCUGUAUCUGAAAUAUGAUAAAUUAUAUGUGUAUAGAAAAUAAAGAAAUGUCCUUUUGUAAAACUGUUGUAGAAUAAAAGUUUUAUUGUAAAUAUUUCGAUAUGGUUUUAAUUUUUCAAAUGGCAUUUAUUGCUUCAAAAUUGUCAUUCAUGUAAUUAU